GCGCCGCGCCUGCGCAGAAGCGGGUCGGCGGCGGCAGCCCCCGGCGCAGGCGCGCGCGAUGCCCCGCGACGAGAUGGCGGCUUCGCUGAUCCAGCGGGUGGCCCGACAGGCUCGGGCGACCUUCGGGGCUGGGUCGGGCGAGGCUUCGGGCUCCGAUCUGCAGCUGCAGCGGCUGCGGGAGCUGCUGGGCCAAGUCAGCGCCGAAGACCUGGGCUUGCAACCGCGGGGUCCUUCUCCCGUGCCGGGUCCGAGCCAGCCGCCGGUCAGCUACAUGCACAUCUGCGAGACGGCGCGGUUCAGCAUGGGCGUCUUCGUGCUCCGCGCCGGCGCCUGCAUCCCGUUGCACGACCAUCCGGGCAUGCAGGGCUUGCUCAAGGUGCUCUACGGCACGCUGCGCAUCGCCUGCCUGGACGCUGCCGCGGCCGACGGGGAAGUCGAACCGCUCGACGAGCCCGAGGAGAAGGACGCCGGCGCCUCCUCCUCCGCCCGUCCCCGCCGCCUGCGCGCCCUCCUCCGCUCGCACCGCCUCUACACGGCCGGCGCGCCGCCCUGCCUGCUCUCCCCGCAGCGGGACAACCUGCACCAGAUCGCCGCCGAGGGUACCGGGCCAGCCGCUUUCCUCGACAUCCUGGCGCCGCCUUACGACCCGGCGCGGGGACGCGACUGCCACUACUACCGGCUGGCCGACGGACAGAGCCUCCCGCCGGCGCCCGCCUCGCCUGUCCAGCCCAGCGCCCUCUGGCUGCUGGAGACGCCGCAAGCGCCCGACUUCUGGUGCGGCGGGGAGCCUUACCCGGGCCCGCGUGUCUCUCCCUGAAGCCCCCGAGGACGGACGGACGGACGGAGGAAGAGGAGGCCCCGGACUCUGGAGCCUUUCCUAACUUGGACGGCGGGGCUGCCGGGGGAAAAAAGAUUCCCGCUGGACUUUUCUGCUGGGUUCAACGCUGCCCCCCCCCUUCGCGCCCCCCCCCAGCCGCUUAGGGGGUGUCAAACAGCGGUUUUGAGAUCACGGACUGACUCCCUCCCUCUUUUUUUUUUUUUUUAAAUUCCCGGUCGAAUUAUUUUGCACAAAGUUUUAUUAAAAGAAGAGAAAAGAGCCUUC